GAUAUUCGACUCUUGUAGGAAAAUUUUCAAUCAAAACACAAAAAAUUUCAACAUAGGUACCUACCUAGGUAUAAAUUUAAUUAAUUUACCUAUACUGCAAUCUAAUAAAUAAAAAUAAAUAACAGUACCUAUUACAAGAAUAUUACAAUAUACAAAGAUGCCUAAGAAAUUCGCUGGUGAAAACAGCAAGGCGGUUGCCGCGCGGCAACGCAAGGAAGACCAAAAGCAGGAGAAAGAGCAAAAGCUGAAGAAAAUGAUAGAAGACGCACAGUGGGAAGAUAAUGAUGACAAACUUAAAAAGAAACAGCAGAAAAAGGAAGAUCAAGAGAGGAAACGUCAAGAACAGCUCCAAAAGAAAGCAGAGGCUAAGGCCUUGUUAGAGAAGGAAAUGGAGUCAAUAAAGGCGCCCACAAAGACUGCUCCGCCACCGCCUAAAAUCACCAGAGCACAAAUUUCUCUCAUGAAGGAGAAGACUAUCAAACCUGAGCCAGUGAAGCCAGUGCCCUCCCGAGUUGUUGUGGAACAACCACCUCUAGAAGAGAAUCUCAAUAGGAUACACUUGGAUGGCGAAGUGGCACAGUCUGUGGAUGAGGCUAUUUCCAUUCUUAGUGACAAAAACGAAGUUGAUAGGCACCCUGAAAAGCGGUUGAAAGCAGCCUACACAGCAUUCGAGGAAGCCAACCUCCCUAUAUUGAAGGCUGAAAACCCAUCACUCAGGCUGUCCCAACUGAAACAGAUGCUCAGGAAAGAGUGGCUUAAAUCCCCACAGAAUCCUGUCAACCAAAAAGUUUGAAUCUAUUGAAUGGUGGCAGUCUCUGGAUAGACUUUCGAUUGCUUUGAAUGUAGUUUAUAAAUACUAAAUUAACUUGAAUUUUGGUAUUCAUUGCUCUAUCUGCCUGGACCUAUCAAAUGUGUAGUUAAUAAAACUGUGUAAACUACAUUUAAAGUUAUCUGGCAAAGUAGAAUUUGUAAUUUGUCAAGUGUAAGGAGUGUCUUUAGGAAUAUUUGUUCUUAAAUUAUAUGCUUUGUGAUGAUGUAAUAUGAAGUUAAAAUGUAAAUAAAAAUGUAAAAUUUA